AUGGCCGCUGCAACGCAAGUCUCUGCAGACGAGAUGGAGGACCUGAGGGAAGCCUUCAACAAAGUUGCACAGGUGGUUCACGGUCUGAAGAGUUCCGAAGUGGCCAAGACAUUCCGGAAGGCCAUCAACAAGAAAGAGGGAAUCCAUGCAGUGGCUGGAACCUCCGAACAGUCUGGGACACAGCACUCAUAUGCAGAGGAGGAGAAGGUGGCCUUUGUUAACUGGAUUAAUAAGGCUCUGGAGAAGGACCCGGACUGCCAGCAUGUGCUUCCCAUGGACCCCUCCACCAAUGACCUGUUCACCGCCAUGGGAGAUGGCAUCGUGCUCUGUAAGAUGAUCAACCUGUCAGUCGCAGACACUAUUGAUGAGAGGACCAUCAACAAGAAGAAACUUACACCCUUCACAAUCCAGGAGAAUUUGAAUCUGGCUCUGAACUCCGCCUCUGCUAUCGGCUGUCACGUGGUCAACAUCGGCGCAGAGGACCUGAAGGAGGGCAGGCAACACCUGGUGCUCGGCCUCCUCUGGCAGAUCAUCAAGAUCGGCCUAUUCGCCGACAUCGAGAUCAGCAGGAACGAAGGUAAAAGGCAGCUCUCCCCAGAGGAGCUGCUACUGCGCUGGGCCAACUACCACCUGGAGGAGGCUGGAUGCCCACGCAUCAACAACUUCAGCUCUGACAUCAAGGACUCCAAGGCGUACUACAACAUCCUGAACCAGGUGGCCCCCAAAGGUGAUGAGGACGGAAUCCCUCCGAUCGCCAUCGACAUGAUUGGCCUACGGGAGAAAGAGGAUCUGAGCAGAGCGGAGUGGCGCUGGCAGGCUGAUCGCCCGCCGCAGGCAGUUCGUCAAUGGCGCACGGACGUAGCGGGCAACCCCAAGCCGAACCUGGCGACGUACAACCUGUUCAGGCACCGCGCCAAGAAGCCCGACAACCAGGACAUCGACUGGAGCUCCAUCGAGGGUGAGACGAGAGAGGAGCGCACCUUCAGGAACUGGAUGAAUUCCCUUGGAGUCAACCCACGUGUCAAUCACCUCUAUCUUGAUAUGGCGGAUGCUUUAGUGAUCUUUCAGCUGUAUGAGAAGAUUAAAGUUCCGGUGGACUGGGAUCGUGUCAACAAACCCCCUUACUCUAAACUGGGGAGCAACAUGAAGAAGCUGGAGAACUGUAACUAUGCGGUGGAGUUGGGUAAGACUCAGGCCAAGUUCUCUCUUGUGGGCAUCGCUGGUCAGGACCUCAACGCAGGGAACAGGACACUCACACUCGCCCUGCUGUGGCAACUCAUGAGGAGGUACACACUGAACAUCCUGGAGGAUCUGGGUGACGGUCAGAAGGUGACCGACGACACCAUCGUCUCCUGGGUCAAUGACACACUCACACAGGCUGGCAAAAAAACCAUUUCUGGCUUCAAGGAUGGCUCCAUCAGCAGUAGUAUGCCAGUUCUGGACCUGAUUGACGCCAUCCAGCCUGGAUCCAUCCGCUACGACUUGAUCAAGACCGAGGACCUGACUGAGGAGGAGAAACUCAACAACGCCAAGUAUGCCAUCUCCAUGGCGAGGAAGAUUGGUGCGCGUGUGUACGCGCUGCCUGAGGACCUGGUGGAGGUGAAGCCCAAGAUGGUGAUGACUGUCUUCGCCUGUCUGAUGGCCAGGGGCAUGAGGCGUGUGUGAUACACACACAUGCACACACACACACACACACACACACACACACACACACACACAUCUUUGAGAUCAUUUCGACAUCACACAUAAGCAGUGCAAACAUUCAAAUCAGAACACACACACACACACACACACACACACACAUUUCUCUGUCACACUGUGAAAUUCUGGCGAAAUAAAGUUGUGUUUGUAAGAAACUCA